AAGAAUAACACACUAUUAUUUUAUUGAUGGAUUUUUAUAAAAAUUUUCACAAAAAUAGCAAUUAAACGUUUUUCAAUUGUUGUUGUACAAAAUGACAACAGAUAGAAGUUUGACUGUAAUAGCUGGUAUUUUAGGAGAUUGUACUUUCAAUUAUAUAUGUUUCGUCGCUGAAAGUUUGUCUACGAUAUUACCGAAUUUUCAUUACAGAAGUAUUAGUAAAAGUUCUGCAAGAUGGGAUUGUUGGUUGAAAGAAACUUGUGAUCUUCAUGGAUGGACUCACACUAAAUCUCCUCUAAUAUGGAGAGAAAUUGGACUUAGUCGGUCUCAUGUAACUUAUAUUGGAGGUAGUUCCCAAUUUUGGGAAUUAUUGCAUAAUUAUUAUGACAUCAGUUUAUAUUUAAGCAAAGAAGAACUUGAUGCAUUACAAACAGACUUAUUAUUUGCUUGUAAUAUAAAGAAACAAAGAAGCAAACCAUUACAAAUACAAAAAAAAUACCGUCAAAUAAUGAUAAUAGGAGCAGGAAGAUCAAUGUGCCCCGAUCUUGUUCCUCAGUUAUUAAUGACAAAAGAGCUCUGGAUGACUCAUGGAAUUGUUAUUAACUUGUAUGAUGAACCAGGAUGUUUCUUUAAACUUAGGAAAAUUUUUAGAGAUGCAGGAACAAUAGGUGCUGGCAUAAAUACAGUACAUAUUGUGGAAAAUAUCCCUGAUGGAUUAAAAGACUGUGAUAUAUUAAUUUACCUUGACAGUUUAACACGAGAAGAAUAUGAAGGUACAGAUAAUUGGCUGCAACGUAAUUAUAAAAUUAUAGCAAAUUUAUGUACACAUAUAAAUGAACAUGCGCCUUCACAUAUGAAGGUAAUUUUCUGCUCAAUGAAUCUUCCAUGUUUUUACGCCAAUAUCAUGAUGGAACUUGUUACAAAAUUAUCAAGCACAAACAUUGUAGUUGCUAGUGCUCAUUAUGGUUUAGAACUUAUAUACACAUUUGUAAAUUCACUUGGUCUUAAUCUGCAAAAUUUUGGUUGUCCACCUGUUUGGGGCUUCUUGGGAAUCAAUCACUUUGUAGAUGUUCACCAUAUGAUUCAAAAAUAUGAUGUUUAUUGUCCAAAUAAAAGAGCUCUAAAUUCGAAUGAGAAUAUGAUACUACCACUUGGAACUCAACAUUCCGAACUGAGGUGGUUUUUUUACAAGACACAUGAUAAAAAUCCUUAUAAAAACUAUUUGAAACGCAAGGCCCUUCUUCGAUAUCAAAUGGGCACAUCAGAAGAUUUUCCAAAAUGUAGAGCAAUUUGUGAUCUUUUAAAGUUAUGGUAUAGUAAUAAAAAAAGCAUCAGGGAUGAAAUUAUAUCAUUAGGAAUUGAAUCUGAUGGUUCAUUUGGUAUUCCAAAGGGAUUAGUAUUUUCACAACCAGUUUAUUUAAAAGAAUAUGAAGAUGGUUCACGAGUAUGGGUCCCUUUCAGAGAUUUCCCAAUGCCGAACAUGCCAAUUUCUAUAUUCCAAAGCCUUAUAGACACUGGUAUUUAUGUUAAGAAAAAAAUAAUUGAAUUAAAAAACAGUUCUGAUGCAACAAAAUAAUACAUUUCUAAUCAUUUACA